AUGAAUACCUUUGGCUUCCUGGCGAGUAGCCAUGUCCCUGCCUCGGACCUGAACGCUGGCUUGCAGGACCAACGUGCUGCCCUCGAGUUCCUUCAAGAGAACAUCGCCGCAUUCGGAGGCGAUCCAGAGAAGGCAUGUCACCAUAUGGGGACAGGCGCAGGGAGUGCCGAAGCACAUGUUCUCUUCCCCUCCCCGAAGUCAUUGUUCAGGGCAGCGAUCCUGGACUCUUCAACUGGACCAUUCAAGACUGCGCCACCCGCCAGUACCUAUGACGAACCGGGCUUCCCGUAUGCAACCCUGGUCAACUUGACCGGGUGCCCCACCGGACCAGCAUCGUUCACCUGCCUACAGGACCUCCCAUUUGACACUCUCAACAACGUUUCAGUUGACUUGACUAAUGAAGUACUGAACGGCCAGCUGUGGGAACCUGCUGUGGGGCCUGCUGGUAGCUUCAUAACCGAGCGUCCAUCGCAGCGCAUCGCUAGCGGCAACUUCCUGCAUGUGCCCAUCCUUGCUGGAACCAACCUCAACGAAGGGACCCUGUUUGCCCAGUCCGUGCGCAACCUCAAUGUCACAGCCAGCGAGGAAGACGCCAGAUUCGACACGUUCAUCAAGCAGCUCCUCAUCGACCCUUCGACUGUCACCCAAGACGUCUUCGACACGAUCAACAACCUAUACCCCGCCAAUGACUCUAAUCUCGGGGGUCGGUUCAAUACCGGGGAUUCGCUGUUCGAUCGCGCGGAGGCGUGGCACACGGACAAUAUGUACUUGUCCUCGAGGCGGCUGCUGUUCAACAGAGCUGCACCGCUCCAGCCGCUCUUCGCCUACUUCUUCACGGAGUUCAUCCCUGGAAACGACCCAUCUCUGGGAGUAUUCCAUGGGUCGGAAUUGGAACUUCUCUUCGGACUGUUCCCGUCCGUCGAACAAGAGUUCGCCAACCAGAUGGCCGACUUCUAUAUCAACUUCAUCAAUGACUUGGAUCCAGGAGCUCCAUGGCCCCAAUUUACCCCGACGAACAAGGUCGUGCUCCAGCUCAUGCGAGACAAUAUCACCGCCAUACCCGAUGACUUCUUGAUCAACAAGACGACGUUCCUGGACUCGGCUCACGUACUGAGCGAGUUCCAAAAAUAG